AUGACUUCUUAUUCAGAAAAUGGUGCUGUUGUCUCUAUCUCCGAUCGCUCUGUACCAGCAUCGCCAGAACCUGGAUCCAACUCGACUCCCGAUAUCGCAGCGCAGCACGCGCCAACCUUCACCAUACCGAACACAGAGAUUGCUGCCGUAGAAAUUCCUGCAGUCGUGCAAGACAUUGACCGCGCUAUCAAGGCGUUUGGUCGCCUACCAUCCUUUGAGCAUAUUCUGGACCCUCAGCGCAACUCGUUGCCUCUCUAUUUGAAUCCGGAGAGCCCAUUCUGCAACCCCAUCAUGUCCCAUAAUGCAGCUUCGCAUAACGUCGUCUUAAAAAUCACUGUGCCAAAGCGCACAGGAAGGAAAAGAAAGCGAGGCUCGUCGGGACCUUGGGAGGGCGACCAAGAGAUCCGCGAUGCGGGCCAAGCAAGCUCUAUUUGCUCGAUCGCUCGCCAAGACGAGCCCAAGGUCCUCAAACGAAAGCUUCAGGAUAAUGUCGGCCGCUACAAAGUGGACGCCGUGGGUGUUGUCAACCACACUCAUAGAUUCCGUGGUCUCGCAGACUUUUACUGGGAUUUGUCUACCUCAUCGUUUACUAACCGAUACGUGGACCAAGUCCUUACCGGAAAUGUCGAAAAGAUGAAGGCUUUUGCCUUCGAGCCAGGUAUCGACAAGGCCAGAAACCUGGAUGUAAUACCGCCGCCGUUAUUCACGCAUAUGAGUCUUCCGUUCAACUACUUUUACUCGCAAAAUCCAUACGUCCGCACCACUGCAGAUGGUGGCACAGUCAACGUCACCGCUGUCAAACAAGUUGGGUACUUUAUCAGCGCUGAUGAUCCCACGCCGACUGCCCCUCAAGAGCCUCCCGACGUGACGGACGCUCGAUUCAUGGAAGUUUUGGCAGACUUGGAGUCAGCUUUUGAAGACCGCCCUAUUUGGACCCGACGUUCAUUGUUAAACCAUCUCGGCAAGAAGCUUGACAGCUGGAACGAGCUCAAGAAAUAUCUCAACUACGCAGCCUACCAAUUCAAGGGUGGUCCCUGGCGAGAUUGCGUUGUGCCCUACGGCCUUGACCCACGGACAGAUCCUAAAUAUCGAGAAUAUCAGACCGUCAUGUUCAAAUUGACCAAACACAAGCGACCUCAGGGCCCUACGGCCGUGCGCACGUACCGCCGUCCCGAAAAGGUGGAGGAGCGUCAGGCACCCGCGGGAGCAGCCAGCCAUAUUUUCGACGGUGAAACAUAUGACACGGAUGGCAAAGUCUGGCAAGUCUGCGACAUCACCGACCCUCUGCUCCGCGAGCUUCUUGACGGAGCGGCUGUGCGCCCGACAUGGGACAUCAGCAGCGGCUGGUAUCACGGUGGGCUGUGGGCCAAGGUCAAGGCCAUCAUGAAGACGAAAUUGGUUGGUAUCCGAUUUGGUAGACAACUGUCACGCAUAGAUUUUGCCCCUACUUUGCAGUUCGGCGACAUGACACCACCGAGGUCAACAUCGAGCAAUUUUCAUUUGCCGCUGCCCAACUUGCGUCUCACAGAUGAAGAGCUCACGGCGCUACGCGGCCGCAAACCCCCGAAGAAAAAGAGCCAGGGAUAUAAUGUUAAACUACUCGGCCGUCGAGCAGCAUCAAUGACCGAUGACCCUACCUCGGUCGCAAGCUCACCAACCCGAGCUCCGAUGGAGGCCAUGGAGAAUGAGGAGGAUUCGGGCGCUGACAGCAACGACGAUAACAACAGCGGCUCCGAGCUGGAAGAUGACCAACUGGAUCAACUAGCAGAGGAUUACCACGGUCAAGGCUACAACGAGCCAGAGUAUCAUGGUCCGCGUUAUGAUGGUCCGGGUUACAACGGCCCGUAUCGAUAUGAAUAUGGUAGUGGCCACUUGAAUAACACAGAUGAGGUGGAGGACGUAUACCCAGAGCUAGAGUAG